GCCUGCUGCUUUUGAUUCUUCUCCUUCCUCCCCCUUAAUCCCCCAACACACCAAACACAAAGUCUUCACUCUUUCUUUCAUCGCUUAUUUCCUGCACUCUCUGCUGAUCCUGUCACAGUAUUUGUGAGUAAGAGGAAGCGAACAUUGAUGGCUCAUUUGCUUUCAACUUCCUGCUCUCUAAAAUUCUCCUCUGGUGGCAAACCAUACACCAAACCAUUGAUCCAACACUCGAUCGCAUUUCCUUCCUCUUUAACUUUUCAGACUUCCAAAACCCCAUUUGGGAGGAUCAUCCUGCAAGGGGAGAGGUCACGGAGUGGUACUUGCACGGUGCGUGCAACCACACUCUCUGCAAGUAGGGAAGCCCCAAAUGAACCGAGCUACGGCGCUAAUGAGAGUUCAGGCGGAGCUUCCAAACCACAGCGGGUGAUGGUCAUUGGUGGAGAUGGCUACUGUGGUUGGGCCACAGCCCUUCACCUAUCCAAGAAAGGUUAUGAGGUUGCCAUUGUUGAUAGCCUUGUGCGCCGUCUCUUUGACCACCAGCUCGGUCUUGGUUCCCUGACUCCAAUCGCCUCUAUCCAUGAUCGUAUCCGUUGUUGGAAAGCUCUCACUGGAAAGUCCAUUGAGCUCUGCAUUGGUGAUGUUUGUGAUUUCGAGUUCUUGUCAGAAGCCUUCAAGUCAUUUGAACCUGAUUCUGUUGUUCAUUUCGGGGAACAGCGGUCUGCCCCUUACUCCAUGAUUGAUCGGUCCAGAGCAGUAUUCACGCAGAAUAACAACGUGAUUGGAACUCUGAAUGUUCUCUUUGCUAUAAAAGAGUUCAGAGAGGAGUGUCAUCUCGUGAAGCUCGGGACCAUGGGAGAAUAUGGGACUCCAAAUAUUGACAUUGAGGAGGGUUUCAUUACAAUUACUCAUAACGGGAGAACAGAUACUUUGCCCUUCCCGAAGCAAGCGAGCUCUUUCUACCAUUUGAGCAAGGUUCACGAUUCGAAUAAUAUAGCCUUCACUUGCAAGGCUUGGGGGAUUAGAGCCACUGAUCUAAAUCAAGGAGUGGUAUAUGGAGUGAGAACGGAUGAAACCGAGAUGCAUGAAGAGCUCAAUAACAGGUUUGAUUAUGAUGGAGUUUUUGGAACUGCAUUAAACCGGUUCUGCGUGCAGGCUGCUGUCGGUCAUCCACUUACCGUGUAUGGCAAAGGGGGUCAGACCAGGGGAUAUCUUGACAUACGAGACACAGUUCAGUGUGUUGAAAUUGCCAUCGCAAACCCAGCAAAGGCCGGUGAGUUUAGGGUCUUCAAUCAAUUUACUGAGCAGUUUUCCGUCAAUCAACUUGCCGCACUUGUUACCAAAGCUGGAGAGAAGCUCGGAAUUGAUGUGCAAACCACCUCUGUCCCAAACCCUAGAGUUGAAGCUGAGGAGCACUACUACAACGCUAAACACACUAAACUUAUUGAAUUGGGACUGAAACCGCACCUUCUUUCGGACUCUCUUUUGGAUUCAUUGCUCAAUUUUGCUGUUAGGUACAAGGAUCGCGUCGACACAAAGCAGAUAAUGCCCAGUGUAUCUUGGAGAAAAAUGGGGGCCAAGCCGAAGACUGUCACAGCAUAGUUGAGUGGUUUAGUGUAUAUGUGAUUAGUAGUUGUAUAAGUAAUGAGGACGUUAUCGAUCUGUAUCACCUCUGUUGUUAGUUAGUAGGUUACUUCUGCUACUACUUGUCAAUGAUUGCUCGUUGCAGUCACUUUCAAUUGCUAACAAAUAAUAAAUUUUCGAUGUUUAAACAUUGAUACUUGUAUUA